AUGAAGUGGCUAUUGACUGGGCUAAUCAUAGCUCUGACGGUGUCGGAGGCCGUGGGCUCCAGAGACUGGUUCAGCAAAGCUGUUUACAACAAAUGGCAUGAGACUGAACUUGAACGCUGGCUCUCGGACCAUGACGUUCCAUACCCUUCUCCAGCAGAUCGCAAGGACCUGGAAGAACUGGUGAAGAGUAAUUGGGAGUCGUAUGUUGCCGAACCAGCUUCAAAGACAGCUGAAGAGAUUUCCGGUUCAUUCAAUGACGCCAAAGAAUGGAUAUUUGACUCAUGGAGUGACUCGCAGUUGAAAGCAUUUUUAGACCGCCAUGGGAUUCCAUGUCCCCAGCCCAAGAAAAGGGAUACUCUCCUAUCAACAGCCCGCCGCAACUAUGAAGCAAUCGCUCAGAAGCUUGGCCAAUCGGUCAACUACCCAGGAAACUGGUUAUAUGAACACUGGUCUGAGUCUGAGCUAAAGGAGUAUCUCGAUAGCCAUGGCUACCCCGUCCCUCAGCCAACAACCCGUGACAAGCUUAUUGCUGCCGUGCGCCGUAAUUCACGUCGUGCUGGUAUAGAGGGCCAGAAAUCUGCUGCUGCUGCUUCAGCAUCCAUGGCAGCUGCGCAGGAAACUCUUGCUGAGGCUCUCUUCAACGCCUGGUCAGAGUCUGAUUUCAAGAAAUUUUUUGAUGAACAUGGCAUCAAGGUGCCUCAAGGUUCCAAGAGGAACGAAUUGUUAGCUUUGGCGCGCAAGCACCGUCAAGCUCUGUUGGAGAAGCCUUCUGCAUCAAUGGCUUCUGUUUAUGGGGCUGCUACAUCCAAGGCUGGAAACGAAUUCGCUCGAGCCACGGAUGAUGCACAGCUGAAGAUGGAGGAUGCUUUCAACCAAGCUAUCAAUGGGUGGUCUAAUACUCGCCUUAAGGCCUACCUGGAUGCCCGUGGUAUCCCAGUACCCCAGAGUGAUAAAAGGGAUGAACUACUCGCCAAGGUACGGCUUCAUGGACACAAGGCCGCUUCUGGAUACACAGCCUGGACUUUUGAUACCUGGAACAAAGAGAACCUUGGAAAAUACUUAUCUUCUCAACACAAAAAGGCUCUUGAAGGCGUCGAGUAUACCCGUGUUGAGCUUUUAAAGCAGGCUCAAGAUGCGUACAACCGAGCCUCAAAGACCGGUGGACCCGACUUUACUUCUAUUACCAAUUAUCUUGCUCAAGUUACUGGUUCCAUGAAAGACACCAACUUCAAUACGUGGUCAAAGGAUGAUAUUGAAAAUUUCCUUGCCUCUUAUGGGAUCAAGCCAACUCGCGGCUCGAGUAUUGAAGAGCUAAGAAGGCAGGCAAAGGACAAUGCUGAUUACUUCCGCUAUGGAAUAACGAGACAGGAAGCUUCGAUGUUCUCCAGACUCCAGAGCCUUGGCCAGUGGGCUUGGGAUCAAUUGAAAAUUGGGGCUCUCAGCGGCCGGGCAGAGGGUCAGAAGGCAGCUCAGGAAGUUAAAGAAAAGGCCACUAAGGCUAAUGAUGAACUUUAA